UACUUGACGGUACACAGUCCCCUAGUUGCAUCACUGUUGGGUGAGCAGAAAGUACGUUCCGAACCGGUCUCUUUCUGUCAACAAUCAGUGCAUCAGCCAGUUCACAGUGAUCGUGUACAAUGAAUAUCAUGUCUCCAGUGUCACUCGUUACGCUGUUUGUCUUCAUCUUUCCCUCUGCUAAGGCUGUCUGCCCCCGAGCGAGUGAACUGCCAACGGCAAGAACAAAAAUCGAAUAUCCAGGUUUGACGUUCACUCCGUCAACAGGAAAACUGGAAGUCGCGCAGCUCAGUAACGAAACCCUCGCUGGAAAGUUCACCUCUAACACCGACGUCAUCAUCAAUUUCAAAUCGACCAGCCACGGACUGCUCCACUUCUGGGGCACAAACGGUUCUACAAUUUACAAAGUCGAGAAUACACCUGAAAAUUACCUCAUCCAGUUAGGAGAGCAUCGGUUUGUCAGCAGAGCCAACACACCGGCCAACAAUAAACAAGAAAACAGAAACAAACUAAACAACGACAGAAGCCAACAGGACGCCGAUGACAUGAAACUGAGCAGAGCUUUCAAAGAACUACUAGACGAUCCUGUGGCACGCCUGCUUGGCAAGGUAUCUCGAGCCUUGGGUGAUGCGGGCGUCUUCGGUCACACAUCUCCCAGCUCUUUACCUCUCCACGCAACUACCCUCUUCAUAUAUCGCCGGCUAUCAAUCGACGAUUUGGGCGAAAUAGAUCGAGACUGCGAGCCACAAGAGAAUCGCGAACGUCCAAGACGAAAGGCUGAUAGCUGUUCGUUGGAAAACGACCCAAACCAUGACAACUGCUUGGGAAUGUGCGGUAGACUUUGCUCGUGCUGGAGUGUGGUGUGUGGUGACUGCUGUUACCACCAGGGAUGCUACGAGCAUGACCUGUGCUGCAAAGCUAAAUUUGUCAGUCUAAGCUGCUUAGUUAAGCCUGUCCUGAACUUCAGCUGCAGUUCUCAUGGCGACUAUCCCAAAUGUCUUGAUAAUUGAUGCAUCCAUGCAACAAGUUUCAAGUUGAGAUAGACUAUAUAGACAACUGCAGAUACGUUCACUGCUCUAGCGUUGUGCUGCUGUGCUGUCUGUAACGUGAAGCGCUUACUAAGCUAGUAUAGAGAUCAUCAGUAGUUAUGGACUAAUAUUGUGCUCAAUUAAACAAUUACACUUUGCAAUUAAAUUACAGCUUAGAUGAAACGGAUAUAUAUAGCUCCUAUUUUCAGCAUUAGCCAUUAGAACGGAACUU